AUGACUGUGUUUGAUAUCGACGAGGAAGAUAAUCUUGCCCGUAUGCGGCGAGGGGAUCUGUACUAUGCUUUCACGCCGCAGCUUGUGGCUGCUCGGAAGCGCUGCAAGCAGGCCCUUGCGCGACUUAACACGGCGGGGGAGUUGACCCGUAGAGAAAUUGCAGAGCAUUGGAAAGACAUCACCAACGAUGAGCGCCCUUUACCCCCACCUGCUGCAACAGAAGACGAGGACGAUGCUGUCUUGCACGAAUACCCCUGGAUAGAGCGUCCCAUCAACAUUGACUAUGGGACAAACGUCAAAGUUGGAAGUGGCGUUUUCAUAAACUUCAACUGCACUAUGAUUGAUACCUGCACUAUAUCGAUCGGAGCCCGUACCCUUGUUGGUCCCAACGUCUCCUUCUUCAGUGGCACCCACCCCCUUGAUCCUGAUCUGCGCGAUGGAACGAACGGACCUGAGCUGGGCCGUCCCGUGAUUAUUGGCGAAGACUGCUGGAUAGGAGGAAGUGCCAUGAUCCUGCCUGGCGUCACGGUUGGAGAUGGAUGCACUAUCGGAGCUGGGAGUGUUGUAACAAAGGAUGUUCCGGCGUACCAUGUUGUUGCCGGAAACCCGGCCAAGAUUAUACGCAAGAUAGAACGCAAGCACAAGGCCGAACAAGAAGCCAAGCAAAAGACUUAG